AAAAUAUAAAAAAAUUGUUAUAAAAGUUUCACCACUUUCCUCUUCAUAAAUACUAUUUUCAUGUCGUCCUCAGUUGCUGAACCUGCAGGGACGAUGAAGAAAAGCUACCGUUGUCAGAAAUUUCAGGGUACUGUUGGAUGAUUUGAUAACACAGAGAUUAUGGGCAAAGUUGGUGAUGAGGAAGUGGUUGAACAAAAGUGUUAGUGAGCCUGACUAUGGUGCCGAUACUGAUGAAGAAACCGAAAACCACGACGUUGGACCUGAAAACUAUUACUCCAGCUCCGAUGAAGAUAUUGAAGUAUCGAGUACGCAAAGAAGAGAAUCGACUGAGGACGCCAUGGCUGCCGCAGCUGCUGCGGAGUUUAUUAGCAAUGAUGCUCCAAUGAAGUUAAGGAGAAGAAAUUCGGAAACAUUUAGAGCACAGUAUAUUAACAACAAAGAAAUAAGAAUAUGUGUUGGUACAUGGAACGUAGGAGGAACAUCACCAACUUCUGAUCUUGACAUCGAUGACUGGAUCGAAAUUAACCACCCUGCUGAUAUAUACGUUCUUGGUUUACAAGAGAUAGUACCUUUGAAUGCUGGAAACAUACUUGGAGCGGAAGAUACUCGACCGGUGGCGAAAUGGGAAGAAGUGAUUAGAGAAGCAUUGAACAGAGUCAGACCAAAACACUCUGCAGUUAAAAGUUAUAGUGAUCCACCAUCUCCAGGGAGAUUCAAACCUUUUGAAGAAACACACGAUGUUAUAGAGGAAGAGGUAGGGUACGAGAAUGAUAGUGACUCUGGCGUUGAGAUUCACCCUAUUGACGAGGAGGACGAAGAAGAUAGCGAGUUAAAGCAUGACGGUGGAGUUAUCGGCGAAGUCAACACCAUCGUUGACCCGAAGUCCGGUUUGCCAGUCGUUGAGAUCAACAGACAGUUCUCUUCUCAUAAUAAGCUAGACAGAUUACGUUCUAAUAGCUUUGAGAAGAGGAGGAACAACGAAGAUCACUCUCAUACCGGUAUGAAAACACUAAACCGGAUGCUUAGUGGGCAAGAAAGGAUCGGUUUGAGCUGGCCCGAGCCGCCUUUGAACAUGUUAGGACCAUCAAACGUUCUCGACAGACAGCCGUCUAUUAAGACAUAUACCUCCUUACAAACAUUAAAGUCUUUCAAGGCUUACAGUUCGUUUAAGUCUGUAGCCGGACACAACGUUGGAAUGUCCCCGGAGGUAUUGGCUCUAGCGUCCAUGGACCUGAAGUUGCUAAUGGAGAGGAAACGAAGACCGGCUUAUGUGAGGCUAGUGAGUAAGAAAAUGGUUGGGAUUCUUUUGACCAUUUGGGUUAAACGAAGCAUGCGAAAACACAUCCAGAACGUACGAGUGUCUACUGUUGGAGUUGGCAUUAUGGGAUAUAUUGGUAACAAGGGAGCUGUGUCUGUGAGUAUGUCGAUAAACCAGACGUUCUUCUGUUUCAUAUGCACACAUUUGACGGCAGGAAAAAGAGAAGUUGAUAAGAUCAAGAGGAACUCCGAUGUUCAUGAAAUACAUAAAAGAACAGUCUUUCACUCUGUCUCAGCACUUGGACUUCCUAAGCAUAUCUACGACCACGAAAGAAUAAUCUGGUUAGGCGAUCUUAACUAUCGGCUUAAUUUAUCGUAUGAGAAAACCACAGACCUCAUUUCCAAGAAAGAUUGGUCCAAGUUACUUGAAUAUGAUCAGCUGGUAAAGGAAUACAAAAAAGGUCGAGCAUUUGACGGAUGGUCAGAAGGAACCCUACAAUUUGCACCAACCUACAAGUACCAAGCGCAUUCAGAGGAGUACACCGGGGCCGAUGGAAAGGCAACACUGAGAAAACCAGCUUGGUGUGAUAGAAUACUAUCUUACGGCAAAGGAAUGAGGCUGGUUCAGUACCGGCGGACCGAGCAUAAAUUCUCAGAUCAUCGUCCUGUUACAGCAACAUAUAUGGCUGAAGUAGAGGUGUUUUCCGCAAGAAAGCUUCAGCGAAUGUUGACAUUUACGGAUGCUGAGAUAGAAGACGAGGCACUAGUGGCCCUGAGUCGUUUAAAAGAAGAAUAAAAUAAAGAAUAAACCUAAAAUUGGGUGUUUGUUGUUGUUGUUUGAUCAUGCAUAUGAAGUGUUGACAACAUAGUGCCAAUGUGAUA